AUGAUGAAAGAAUUUUCACUGAUUGAUGUCUACAGAAAUCUUAAUCCAAAUAAGCUGUGUUUCACCCACAAAUCCAAACUCUCUUCUCGUAUUGAUUUUUUCCUUGUAUCACAACCCCUUGCAAAUCGAGUUUCUCAUUUGGAUACUUUAGUUUCCAUCGCGCCUGAUCACAAAGCAAUUAGAGUCCAAUUGCAACUGGAAAAUGACAAUAGAGGCCCUGGGCUAUGGAAAUUUAAUAAUUCAUUGUUAGAAGACGAAAUUUAUGUUAAAUUGAUCACUGACAGCUAUGCUGUCAUCCAAAACAAAUAAUCAGGAAUUGAAGGAAAAAGGCUGAAAUGGGAACUCAUUAAGAUGGAAAUACGUGGCAUCACUAUUCCUUUCUCUAAAAAUUAAGCUAAACAGUUACAACAAAGAGAAAGUUACAUUCAAAAUAGACUACAAGUGCUUGACAGGGUCAUUUCUAACAGUCCUAAUACAGACUGUAUUAAGAAUGAAAUAAACGAAUAUAAUAAUUUAAAAGAAGAAACAGUUGAUCUCGUUUAUCAAAAGAAGGGUAAAGGUAGUAUCAUACGUUCCAAAUAUAAAUGGAUUGAACGAGGUGAAAAGCCGACCGCUUUCUUUUUGAACCUAGAGAAGAGGAAUUACAAUCUUAAGUCAAUUAAAAAGCUGGAGGGAGCAGAAGGUACAACCGUGACUAAUAAGGACGAAAUAUUAAACGAAAUUGGAACCUUUUAUAAGCAAUUGUAUAACUCCGGAAUAGACGAAAAUGACUUGUUCGAUUUGUUUGUACAAAGUCCAGAAACUCCUAAACUCCAAGACCAACAGAGAAACGAAUUAGAAGGCGAAAUUACACUGGCGGAGUGCAAAGUAGUACUGCGGACUUUCAGUAGCGGGAAAUCACCAGGCGAGGACGGUUUUACAUGGGAGUUUUAUAAUUGUUUCUUUGAUCUACUAGGACAGGACUUAGUAAAUUGUUUUAAUGAGGCAUAUGUGAAAGGCGAAAUGUCAAUUUUGCAGUGAAGAGGUGUAAUACCUCUCCUCCCAAAAGAAGACGCCAACCUCCUAAAGCUUGCAAAUUGGCGUCCGAUUACGUUACUAAAUGUUGACUAUAAAAUUGCAUCAAAAGUCAUAGCUACGAGAUUUGAAAAGGUUUUGGAUCUCUUAAUAAGCCCUGACCAAACAGGCUUUCUGAAAGGUAGAUACAUUGGGCAAAAUAUUAGAUUGGUCAACGAUGUAGUAGAACAAACAAAAAUACAAAAUAUUACAGGUAUUCUUGUACAGCUUGAUUUUUGUAAAGCUUUUGAUACUAUCGAAUGGAGCUUCAUUAAAAGAAGUCUCGCACUCUUUAAUUAUGGAGACAGUAUACAACAAUGGGUCUCGACUUUCUAUAAUAAUUCGGAGAGCGCUGUUCUUAACAAUGGAUUUUGCACAAAUUUCUUUAAACUGUCGAGGGGAGUGAGACAAGGCUGCCCUUUGUCCCCUUAUUUAUUUAUCGUAGGGGCGAAAAUCUUAGCGUGCAAAAUCAGACAAGACAAAACAAUGAAAGGAAUAACAGUCUUUCAAAAAGAGCUGAAACUAAGCCAGUUUGCCGACGAUACAACUCUUUUGUGCAAUGAUUGCAAUUCGGUCAAUCGAGCUAUCACGGUUCUUAAUUCCUUUGGAAAUCUAUGUGGCCUUAGGCUAAACCCGUCAAAAACCAAAGCGCUUUGGUUAGGGGCAUUAAGAAGUCGCAAGGACGAACCCUUUAACUUUAAGUGACCCAAAGAAGCGCUUAGAGUCCUUGGAACCUAUAUUUCAUACCAUGAGAAACAAAACGAGGAAUUCAAUUUUAAAGGAAAGAUGCAAAAACUUGACACCAUUCUUGGCAUAUGGAACUCUAGGAACCUCACUCUUUUUGGUAAGUGUCUUAAAACGAAAUCUCUCGGCAUCUCACAGCUAGUUCACCCACUUUCAACACUCGAUUUCCCAACACAAUUGGUUCAAGCUGUUAAUUCAAGCAUCUUUAAAUUUAUCUGGAAAAAUCGAAGAGACAAAAUCAAACGCAAAAUUAUGGUCCAAGACUAUAACAAAGGUGGUCUACGUGCCCCAAGCAUAGAGACCAUGGCCAAAUCACUUAAACUGGCAUGGAUAUCCAGGUUCUUACAAAGUAUACCUGCGCAUGACGACGAAUCAUGGAAGGUCAUUCCCAACCACUUUCUUGAUAAAUACGGUGGUUUGAACUUCCUGCUACGUUGCAAUUAUGACAAGAAUUUUCUUGAUAAGAUGUAG